GCCGAGUGCGAGGCAGAGAGCGAGAUCUGUACGGUGUGCGAGCGAGGGCGAUCACAGCCUGCGAACAAGCAAAGAAAGAGAGAGCGAGUGAGCGGCGAGGCGCCUGCGCGAUGCUCGGGCCCCUGAGCCCGCGGCCCUGAGCUAGCCGGGACGGACAUGCGCGGGAGGGCGCCGCGGGGCCCCGCUCCCCUGGGGGAAUGAAAGCUACUGGUUGACUUAAGAGCACCUGGCCUUCACAGAUUCGUGGCCAUCCCAGGGUGGGCACAAUGUCAACAGCAGGAGUUGCUGCUCAGGAUAUUCGAGUCCCAUUAAAAACUGGAUUUCUCCAUAAUGGCCAGGCUUUGGGGAAUAUGAAGACCUGCUGGGGCAGUCGCAAUGAGUUUGAAAAGAAUUUUUUAAAUAUCGAUCCAAUAACCAUGGCCUACAAUCUGAACUCCCCUGCUCCGGAGCAUCUAACAACCCUCGGAUGUGCUUCUCCGUCCGCUCCAGGGAGCGGUCACUUCUUUGCAGAGCGUGGUCCAUCUCCAAAGUCAAGCUUGCCCCCUCUUGUUAUCCCACCAAGUGAAAGCUCGGGACAGCGUGAAGAGGAUCAAGUUCUGUGUGGUUUUAAGAAACUCUCAGUGAAUGGGGUGUGCGCUUCCACACCUCCACUUACACCCAUUCAAAGCUGCUCUUCCCCGUUUCCCUGUGCAGCUCCCUGUGAUCGCAGUUCCCGACCGCUCCCACCAUUGCCCAUCUCUGAGGACCCAUCUCUGGAUGAGGCCGACUGUGAGGUGGAAUUUCUAACCAGUGCAGAUACAGACUUCCUUUUAGAAGACUGCGUGCCUUCCGAUUUCAAAUACGAUGUUCCUGGCAGGCGAAGCUUCCGUGGGUGCGGACAGAUCAAUUAUGCGUAUUUUGACAGCCCAACUGUUUCUGUGGCAGAUCUUAGCUGUGCAUCUGACCAGAACAGAGUUGUUCCAGAUCCAAACCCUCCCCCGCCUCAAAGCCAUCGCAGAUUAAGGAGGUCUCACUCAGGACCAGCCGGGUCGUUUAACAAGCCAGCCAUCCGGAUAUCUAGCUGCACACACAGAGCCUCUCCUAGCUCGGAUGAAGACAAGCCUGAGAUCCCGCCCCGGGUUCCUAUACCUCCCAGGCCAGCCAAGCCAGACUACAGAAGGUGGUCAGCAGAAGUGACCUCUAACACAUACAGUGAUGAAGAUAGGCCUCCCAAAGUCCCCCCGAGAGAACCUUUGUCUCGGAGUAACUCCCGUACCCCAAGUCCUAAAAGCCUUCCGUCUUACCUCAAUGGGGUCAUGCCUCCAACACAGAGCUUUGCCCCCGACCCCAAGUAUGUCAGCAGCAAAGCCCUGCAGAGACAGAGCAGCGAAGGGUCUGCCAAGGCCCCCUGCAUCCUGCCCAUCAUUGAGAAUGGGAAGAAGGUCAGCUCCACGCAUUAUUACCUACUACCUGAGAGACCGCCAUACCUUGACAAAUAUGAGAAGUAUUUUAGGGAAGCAGAAGAAGCAAACCCAAGCACCCAGAUUCAGCCAUUACCUGCUGCCUGUGGUAUGGUCUCUGCCACAGACAAGCUGGCCUCCAGAAUGAAAAUGGAUGUGGGCGGCCACGGGAAGCGCAAACACUUAUCCUACGUGGUUUCUCCGUAGAUAUGGGGUCAUGGUUCAACAGAAGUUACAUGGAACGGAUGGCUGCCAAGUUUCCAAUUUGAGGUUCAUAGAACAGUGUCAAGUGGCAACAUGAAGUGGUGGACUCUGCCUUGGUGAGGAAGGCAUAGAGCCGUUAUGAGGUGCUGUUGUGCUGGGAGUCCCUGACCUAUCAGCAUAGGAAGAAAAAAGUAUGAUUUAAAGAUGUGCUAGAGGGACACUUUUACAUUUGACUACAUUAUAUACCUAUGUAUAAACGUGCGGUGUAACCAUAGACCAUAGCUGCAGGAUAACCAAUUAGUCACUCUAGAGUAAUCUAUAUUCAGAACAAUUCAAACGAGCUGGAGGCACAGCUCCAGACAGUGUGAAAAUUGAGCAAACGGGAGAGAGCAGUACUGUUGAUCAGUUAUAAAUGUAGAGAUUCCUGGCAUUCAGGCCUGCUAUCUAGUUUGUUUUCUUCCCCUUCCCUGCCAGCAGUCUUCUCCAUACACGACAGGGCGUGCUCUUCGCCAGGCCUGUAACGUCUUGUUGAAAUCGUUCUAUGGCCUAAUACUUGCCGCUCUGGGCGUUUGUCUUGAGAGGAGAGGACAGCCGUUUCUGGACCAUGUUAUCUAUCACCUGUGUAUGUCUCUCUUGGAAAUGGACAGAAUUGGUGACUUUUCCAUGCUAUUCCUGCUUUUCCCGUCCACUGAAGAGGCUUUCAAGAGUGCAGUUGAGUGGUGCUGGCCGUCAGUGUUGGGUAUAAGUUUUAUAGACCAGCCCAGUGAUUAGCCAUGAUUGAGAGUUAUCGUGGGGUGUAUGGGAUGUUGUUUUGUUUUUGAGACUUUAAAGUACAACACAAGCUGGUCUUGUGUUGUUGGUUCCUAUUCAGUAUUUCCUGGGGAUUGUUUGCUUUUUAAGUGAAACACUUCUGACCAAUAGCACAGAACGUCUUAAUGCCAGAGGUCACUUCAGCAUCUUCCUGCUUAGAAAACUCACAGCUGGCUGCCUCACUGCCCUGAGAGUCAGUGAGACGUGUAGCUUGUGUUCAAUUUUUACAUCCUCUGAUUGUUUAUCUUGUAUAGAUAAGCACAAAGAGAAGGUGCUUGCUAACAGAGGGACACCGCUGCCAUGUCCCAACAAGCUGUUCAGUUUAAACUGCUGAAUGACAUUAUUUGAGCUAUUUAAAGCUUAUUUUUAGUAUGAACUAAAUGAAGGUUAAAACAUGCUUUAGAAAAUGCACUGAUCUCCGCACUGUGUGUACAGUAUUGGACAAAGGAUUUGUUCAUUUUGUUGCAUUAUUUUGAAUAUUGUCUUUUCAUUUUAAUAAAGUUAUAUUACUUAUUUAUGACACCGUUAA